AAUCUUGUAAUACCGAAAAACUGCACUGUAGUUUUUCCAAUAUUUACUAUUCAUCGAAAAGAAAAGUAUUGGACAGAGCCUUUAARAUUUAAUCCUGACAGGUUUUUGCCUGGAAAUUACAACCAAAAAUGUUUCUUACCAUUCAGUUCUGGGAAAAGAGGAUGUAUAGGAGAAAAAUUCGCAAUGAUCGAAAUGAAGGCAAUUGCUGCAACUGUAUUAAGAAAAUUUGAUGUUCGAAUAGACGAUCCAGUUUCAGUUGAAAAUGUUAACCUAAAAAUCGGCAUAGCUUUGCAACCAGCGGAACCUAUUUUUUUGAGAUUUAACAAGCGAUAAUGUUUAUACUAUUUGUUGAUACUAUGUUCUUAAUAAAGUAAUUGUAGUAAUUAAGUGUACAAACAAAAAAUAAAUUUUAAAAACUA